GUGCGUGUUUCGAAUAAAAAUUAAUCAACUUCCGUGUCAACGACGUCCACCCGUUGUGGUUUCGAAGGAGUCCCAAAGCACUCAAUAUGGACACGGUGCCAUUGGACAUCGUGUGCAUUAUACUAAGCUUUGCGGAAUUCGGGGAUGUUCGAUCGCUUAGCCUUCUCAAUCGCGACUGUAACACAGAGGCCAACAAGUUGUUAUGGCGCCACCUUCACCUCCAAAUUCGCUCGAAACUUUACACCGAGGAUGCCCGGCGAAUGCUAGAGGGAUUUUGCGAGGCCUUAAUCAGGGAUCCCCAGCGUGCCCACUGCGUACAUAAUCUGCGUAUUACCAUUAAAGGUCGAUUGUGGCAUGGACAGGAAGAUCCAAAGGUGCUUGUCCACACGCUCUCAAAGCUGGGCCGGGCUAUGUCUUACACGCGGCGCCUCCGGGUGCUUCAAAUCUUCCCGAGACACCAUUUUCGUGACAUCGCGAAGGCUCUUUCUUCUGCGUCACCUUCCAUCCAACUUCCCGAUUUACAUACUUUUGAAUCUGUCAUCUCAUUUUCUGAUGGCCUCGAAAGAUUUAUGAGCGAAUCGUGUCCCUUCGUGAAGACGUAUCGCAUCAGUGGCACUAGAACUCUUGAUUGUGUGCGCGACUUCCCAACUCAUCUCUUUCCCCAAUUGACCACGUAUAGUGGCACAUCAUCACUACUCUCCGUUGUGCUAAACAAUCGACCAGUGCAUGCAGUGGAUUGCAUAAACUCGAUACCGAGCUCUGGAGUCGCCGAUCUCAUUCAGGGAUUACGCUCUAGUUCAGUAUCCGUGACCGAGCUCAGCAUAAACGUUUCAAUGGGGUAUGACAAAAGGUACCAGGAGAAUUCGACAGAUGGAGAGGUUCGAUUGCUUAACUCCCUAGUUGAGACGACGCCGAUGUUGCGCAUUUUCGAGCUGUUUUCACAUGGGCAGUUCGACGACAAUCGACUCUCAGAUAUUGCAAUGCACCGCUUCGCAACUGCGCUUGGAAGACUGGAGAAAUUGGAGUCGUUCAAUUGGUGGGAUGCAAGGGGUCCCAUAUGGGGACAGGAGUUCAUUGCGCUUUGCAGGGAGAAGUGCGUGUCACUAAACGAGAUAAUUAUCAACGGGGGUGUGCUUGAGUGGACGCAGGGGACGAUGCGCUCGGAAACUGGAUACUGAGCUUUCCCGGCGAGUAGAGGAAGUUGUCGGCAUAAGCCUUGGGCGGUAUCCUCUUUACAGUUGGAGGUUGGACAUAAUAAUUC